AUGCAGCACGAGCAGCAGACUGAGCAGCAGCAGCAAGAAGAGGAAGAGCAGCAGCAGCAGCAGCAGCAGCAGCAGCAGCAGCAGCAAGAGAGACGCAGCAAGCUGGAGGGGGAUGUCUCUCUCCCUGGCAGCCCCCUCUAUGACAGCGGGGGGCUCCUCGGCUACUGGACCCCAUUCAGCAGCAAACGAAGAGCAGCAGCAGCAGCAGCAGCAGCAGCAAGGGCUGCUGCUGCUGAUGGUGAUGCAAGCCCAACAGCUUCUCCCUCAGCAGCAGCAGCAGCAGCAGCAGCAGCAGAAGCAGAAGCAGCAGAAGCAAAGGCUCUUGCUGUGGAGCUGCUAUCUAAGCUGUUCCCAACAAAGUCUGUCUCCUCCGUGCUGCAGCCUCUGGCGCUGCUGCUGCUGUCUCCUCUGCCGGAGACAGUUGUGGUGUAUGGGGUGCAUCCCCUGGGUUGCGGGGGGGCAGACAAGGAGUGUGGGGUGGAGACAGGCGCGGUGUCUCCGUUUGAUAGUGAGGAGGAGACAGAGCUGUCUCCUUUUUAUCUAACAGAAAAAAACUAUACGCAUGCAGCAGCAGCAGCAGCAGCAGCAGCAGCAGCAGCAGCAGCAGCAGCAGGAGCAGCAGCAGCAGAAGAAAACAAAGGAGAAGAAGGAUACAUGAAAAUAGAAAUAGAAAAACCACAACAACACAUGAAAAUAUCCAUACCCAACGCGGAAACCCUCAAAGCACUCCUCACCUUCACCCACGAGUUUCUCUUCAGGGCCGUCAGUGUCUCCAACUUCAGCCCCCCGGCGGGGGGCCCCCAGCAGCAGCCCCUUUCCUUCUGGCAGGCGCUGCUGGGGGCCCCCCUGGGGGGCCCCCCCGGGGGCCCCCUGGGGCCACGGGGGGGGGCCCCUGAAGGGGGCCCCUCUAUGCAUACCCCCACAGACCCAUUGGGGGGCUGGGGGGCUGACACGCAGCAGAUGUCUGCUGCUCUCAAGCAGCAAUAUAAUAUCCCGCAGCAGCUGCUGCAACAGCAGCAGCAGCAGCAGCAACAGGAGAAGCAGCAGCAGCAGCAGCAGCAGCAGCAGCAGGAGAAGCAAUUCCCCAUUGACUGGGAGAGUGCAGCAGCUGAAGGUGUUACAACAGCAGCAACAACCCCACCAAGUGUCUCUGUAUGGGGUACUGAGUACGACUGCAGCUCACCCACACAGGAGCAGCAGGAACAGCAGCAGCAGCAGCAGCAGCAACAGCAGCAGCAGGAUACCGAGGAGCAUAAGCAGCAGCAAGAGAAGCAGCAGCAGCAGCAGCAGCAGCAGCAGGAGCAGGAGCAGCAGCAGGAAAAAGGAGACAGUUGCUGCUCCUCUCUCCCCUUCUUCGUGCUGCUGCCCCUCGCCUGGGAUGGCUGUGGGGUCGACUUGGCUUUCCUCUGCGGCCUCAGGCUCUUCGGCUGCUACGCUAUCAGCAGCAAGUGCUGCAGCACAGCAGCAGAAAAGGAGACAGCUGCUGCUGUCUCCUUUUCUGUCUCUGCCUCUCUGCAUACCCUCUCGUUCCCUCCCCCGCUGCAACUACCCCUGAACUCCAGUCCCCAGCAACAGCAGCAGCAACAGCAACAGCAGCAGCAGCAGCAGCAGCAGCAGCAGCAGCGGCAGCAGCAGCAGCAGCAAAAGAAACUACGUUUGUUUUAUCUCUGUCUCUGUCUGCAGGAGAGCUGA